CCAUUUGUAAUAAUAGAAGUGCAAAAUUUGAAAAUAUCAACUGGAAUUAAGUCAAAUUCAGAACUUGAAAAUAAUUUAGAUGAAUUUUUUGAAAUUUAUAGAAAGAUUUCUGAUGCAAUUAGUUAA